ACUAGUAAUGAAAAAAAUAGUCGUAAAAUCGUUAAUGUCAGAAAAUUUAAGACGGUAAUCCAGCAUGAUUCAUGGCUAGAAAAAGCACUGAAUAUGAGGAUUUAGUUCAUCUCUCUCUUUCUCUCUCCUCUCUGCAGCUCAUUGAAAACCCAAAACUCCAUUUUUAUUCUCUGAGCCACCGACCAAUUUACAGUACAAAAUUAAAAAAACAAAGGAAGAGUCCCAGAUCAAAUAUAAAGUAAAAGCUGAGCCAUUUUGAUGAUGAUAGGAAGCUGUACAAAAAGGCUGUAAAGCUAAAACCCCAUUCUUCGAUACUUGAAUCAUCUUCCAACUUUUCAAAAUCUACAAAACACAUCCACAUUCAUUCUUUUCUUCUCCUCCUUACUUGGCCUUUGCUUCCAUCUUUCUCACUCCAACGGCGUCUUCUUCCUCAGAUUAACAAACACGAGUCGCUGCUCGCACCAGUUUGGAGUCGCUGCCGCUCUACCUAUCGCCUGGUGGUUGCUGCACUGCACGUCACUUUCCCUGUCGAGUGCUGCCUGGAACUCUCGAGUUACUAAGUCAAUUUGGAGUUUAACCGCAUUUAAUCAUAAUACUACAAAAGCUCAUUUUCAGGGGCUGUGAAAAGAGCAAAUACCAAUGGCGGAAGUAAAGCAACAAAAUGGGUUAUUUUCUCUUUCCACCAAGAAGAAACCCCCGAGUUUCAGUAACAAUGGUGUUAGUUCUUCUUCGUUCAAACACAUAUACGAUGAUGUUUUUGCUUCUCCGGUUCAAAGUAAGCUGGAAUCCUCAAUUUCUUUCAUGGAUGAUGAUUAUGCUGAAAUUUUCGGGUCCUCGAAAUCAAACAAUGGUUGUUGGAAUAUCCCAUAUUCAUCGAUUCCGAUCCUUGACCUUCCUCCAAAAGAAAAAGGGGUUGAUAAUAGAAGAGGAGGAGAGAGGAUGGAUUAUGGUGGGGUUUUUGGAGUUGUUAAUGGUGACUCUUUUGGUCUGUCUGAUGGUGAGGAGUUAUUUGAUCAAUUGAAGAAGAAAGUGAAGACUUCAUCACCUCCUAAUUUGCCAAGGAGCCGAGAACAAACGACGGAAGCUUCCAGCAUAGAGAUUUCUAGCCAAUCUUUUGACGGGCAUUCACCAACAAAUGGGUUUUCUCAAUCUAGCAAUAACAAACAGUUUGAGCCUGGGAACAAUAAAGUGACAGUGAACACUACUGGUGGGCCAAGAAAAGCAGCUCAUGUCCGUGCUUAUUCAUUACAUGAAGUUAGUGCUGCUAAGAAGACUGUGCCUGAUCAAACACCUGUGACCAAAGAUGAUAGGCUAGACGCAGGCUCCAAUCUCGAGAAGAAGCAAGGAAAGCAUGCCAGGCAUGCUAGUUUGGUUCUUGAUGCUAACAAACAGAAUAGUAACUGUGAUGCUGCCCUUCAGAAAGUAUCUGUCAUGAGUGGGACUAUCUUGGUUGAUACAUCAGAAGGCACAUGCCAAAGCAGUAGUGCAGCAACAAAUGAAUUAUGCCAGUCAUUUGGCAACACAAAGCAUUCCAAGUAUGAUAUGAAUGAAAUGAGCUUUAACAGGACUAUCGAGGCAACAAAGGCAGCUGAUGUUGAACCAAUUCAUGAAGCCAAUCGUACAUUGCAUGAACUUGGUCCAACUCAAAAUACCCUGUCUAGUAGAGCAUCUGUCUUCAACGAUGCGACAAAACCUGGCAUAGAUGUUAAUCUGGGGAAGGAGCAGAGAAAGCAUCCACAUACUACUAGCUUGGAUCUUGGUGCUAACACACAAAGUGAUGAGUAUGAUCCUAACUUUCCGAAAGCAUGUGGGUUGACUGAGUCAACUUCAGUUAAUUCCAUUCAGAGAACAUGUCAAGCAACUUUUGUAGCAGGGCCAUCUAAUGUGGUGAAGGAUGAUGCUGAGAUUUCUAUUGGUUACGAUGAGGUAAAAAAGACCGGAAGACAUUCCAGGAUGACCAGUUUAGAUCUCGGUGAUCAUAAACAUUCCCGUAAGCGUGAUGAUGGGCUAAAGAGAAAACCUCGUAUUGGUGGUUCAUAUUCAUUUGAUGCCUCACAUGAUCAUUGUGCUGCUCGUGUUAAAGUUCAGCCCUAUAAAAUGGAUCUAUCAUCAAGUCUGCCUCGAUUCCUUGCUGAUGAGUUAGAUGUAAAUUCAGCUGCUGCAGUUUCUGCAGCUGCCUUGCAGAGGGCAAUUGAGGAGGCUGAAAUGAGAAUUCGUUUUGCAAAGGCAUUCUUGGAGCGCGAGGCUCAAGGCUCUAGUAACUUGAGGUUUAAGGAUACUUUGAAAGUGAAUGUAGCAAAGCAGAAUGUACUAGCGAAUGAGAUAGACAAAUCCAAAGAAACUAAGGUGCAUGAAUGUUCUCCACCAAUAGGCAGUGAAAUUAAAGCUAGUAACUUUAGGCUUAAUGAUACUUUGAAGGUAAAACUAGCAAAGCAGAAUGUACUAGUGAAUGAGAUAGACAAAUUUAAACAAACGAAGGUGAAUGAAUGUUCUCCACCAAUAAACAGUGAAAUGAAACCUUGUUCUCCUAUAGAAAGAAACAGUGUGGUAGAAACUGGUCAAGAGGCCCCAGUUGAUGAAGACCAAAUGAAGUUUGUCACGGACGGCGAAAUCUAUGAACGGAACAGUGACAAUGCCUCAAACUCGAUGAGAGGGGAUGACAAGUGUGAAGAAGUAGAGUGGGAAGCGGCAAAGCACUUCAAUCAACUUUUAAGUGGAGUUAAGAAUAAAUUAGCUAGCUUUAUGUCCUGGCAGACUGAGACUGAGAAGAAAGAGGAGUCAGAGGAAAUGGAAGCAAUAAUGAAGCUUCAGCAGCAAGCUGAAGAAGUUGAAAGUGAUGUGAAAUAUCAUGAGUUUUUUAAUGAGACAAGAACCGAAAAGAAUCAAGGCACUGCUACAAGUAGUGGCGAUAUGCAUGUGGUAAACAAAAUACAACUUGCAUCAGAGGUUGUGGAUCCAGAGGAAGAUGAACCAAUUAGGAGCUUUAAUGUGAAGCAGGACAAAUCUGGAAACGGAAUAAAAUUCAUUCCAUAUACUGAAGGACCUAUAUCAGCAAAUUUUCAAUUCUUUGCUUUUAGGAAUCAGAAAUUUACUGAUUCUCUUGAUCCAGAAGUAGAUGAGAAGAAGGGAGCCCAAGGAAGCAGAGAAUCUGAGAUUGAGAGUGGACAAGAGCAGGUGGUAAAUGAGGCGAACAAUGAAACCGUACCUUGCCAGAGUGAGAGGCAAGAUGAUAUGUUAACGAUUGACAUAGGUUCUUGUGAUGGAGAAAAUGAGAAGAUAGUUGAGGAGCCAUGUUCACUGGCUCGGCAUAAGAUGGUUGAGGAGCCUUGUUGUAUCCAGGCUGGGUAUGAAAGCAAUGAUGUCGUUCAUGAAGAGGACAAUGACAGAAAACCGAGUGAAGAUCUUCGAGAGGAGUCAGUAGACCACUCUCAUGAGUGUGAAAUCGUUAGAGAGAGAACUGAUGAUGGUGGUGAGAAUGCGGUAUUAAAGGAAGCUAGAAACCAGCAUGAGAAUGUGGAGACUGUAGAAGAAAUUGAUGUGGUGGGGGAAACGUGGAAGAAUUUUGAAGCCUCUGAGGAUGUAAAUAGAUGUAUGGUAAAUGAGAGGGUUCCAAAAGAAACCAAUCACAUUGAAGAGGUUUCUGGACAAACAUAUGAGUGGGAAGAUUGUUCAAUGACUUGGAAUCCAACUGAUCAAACAGUGGAAACUGCAUAUAAAGAGAUUGUGGAAGCAAACUGCAUCGCUUCAGAUGAAGAGGAAUGCAAAGAGAUGGAAGAUAUUAUUUCAAGCAACACCGGAGAAGGCUGUAAAGUUGUUGAGAAAAGUUCCAAGGAUGAAGAACUAGUAUCUCCCGAUGAAGAGAUUGAGAGAAUGGUGGACAUAGCUGAUAUUUCUUCUGAGCCUGAAAUGGAUGUAGAAUGUCCAGUGUUUGCUCAAGAGACAAGUGAGUUUGUUGCAGAACUGCAUCCUGCAUUAGCUCAAAAGGCAAGUGACUUGAUUGGGGCAGAGUCAGUGCUGUCAUCUGUCUUAGCUGAAAGUACCAUGGAACUCGGUGGGAAUGGGAUUAAGGAGGGUCUGAAUAGCACCGAUGGAAGCCUUCCACAAGAAUAUUUCUUUUCACCUGAUAGUAGAACUGAAAUUUCCUCUGAGAAUAGGAAGACUGAUCCGGAAGUGGUGAAAUCUGAAACUCAGGAUCAUUUGGAAAAUCAAACUGACCAUUUGCAUGAAUCUGGAGAGAACCUGCACAUAGAGGAGUUUGAUACAGAAAUUGACCAAGAUGCUGAGAGAUCUGGUGUUGAAGCAGUCCACAGGAGGAGAAGAUGGUUCGAUAACAGUGGGAGCAUCAUGACAGCUGAGCGGCCUAGUAUUCUGGAAGGUAACCAGAUUGAUCUGGAGAUAGAUCAGGAGGUUUUGGAUGAAUCUGAAUUAGCAGGAAGCGUAGAGAUCCAUGCUGAUAAACUAGACAACAGUGCUACAGAGGUUAGAACUGCUACAGAUGCUGAUACUUCUUCCAAUGGGGGCAGUAGCAGAAUUAAUGUUGAAACCACUCCGACGAGAAGAAAAUGGUUUGUCAAUAGAGGGGAAGAGGGAGUGCAUGAGCCUGUCUCUCUUUUUGAAGGUAUUAAAGUAGACUUGGAGGUGCCCCUUGAAAGCAUGAAUGAGUUGCUACUGCAUAAUAUCUCAAGCAACCGCAUUGAUAAGUUGGCUACAAAAUCUGAAGAAUCUUUGCAUACAGUGAAGUCUGAUGUUUUAAUUAACGAGGAACAAGGCAAGCAGAGUGGGGAAGCUGUUCCGAGAAGGAGAAGGUGGUUUGAGAGUGGAGAGAGAGUAGGAUCAGGUCAGAAAGUAAGAAUUAAUGAAGAUGUUGGGUUGACUGUGGAGGUUGAUCAGGAUACCAAAGCAAAGGAGGAUACAGAGAAACAUGGAAAAAUUGGUAGCAUGUCCAUUCCACCAGAGAAGGAUGCUGUACACAAUAAAAUGGAGCCAGUAAAGGAACUCCACAGUGACCUGGAUGAAUUGAACAGGAGGGAAAAGGAGAAAGAAAAAGAAAAACUAGCAGUUGAGAGGGCAAUCCGUGAAGCUCGAGAAAGGGCUUUUGCCGAAGCCAGGGGAAGGGCUAGAAGAGAUGCAGCAGAGAGACCAAAUGUGGAGGCACGUCCGAGAGUAGUUGCUGGAGUUCAAGAAAAGCUGGGGAAGGUUUCUUCUGAGGCAUUUUCCUCUAUCGACAAGGCCUCAAUGGAAGCAAAACUUAAAGCAGAGCGUGCUGCUGUUGAAAGAGCGACAGCCGAGGCUCGGGAGCGUGCUUUGCAAAAGGCUUUAACAGAGAAGGCUUCUCACAGAUCAAGAGAACAGGUCGGAAGAUCUUCUGAGAAGAAUUCGUCGCUGGAGCCAAAACAUCAGAGCUCAAGAAGUUCAGAUUCUUCAAAUAACAGCGAGAAAUUUGAUGGAGAUGAUGUGGAAUCAUCUCAGAGGCGUAAAGCCAGAUUGGAAAGGCAGAAGCGAACUGUGGAACGAGCAGCUAAUGCUCUUGAAGAGAAAAAUAUGCGUGAUCUUCUAGCUCAGAAGGAGGAAGCUGCAAAAAAUAUGCUGGCAGAUUCUCUGCAUGCUGAGGUCAAAAGGUGGUCCAGUGGAAAGGAAGGCAACCUGCGUUCUAUGCUUUCAACCCUUCAAUAUAUUCUGGGUCCUGAUAGUGGGUGGGAGCCAAUUUCCCUUAAUGAUUUGGUGGCAGCUACUGCGGUCAGAAAAGCCUAUAAGAAAGCCACUCUUUGUGUUCAUCCUGAUAAACUGCAACAACGAGGUGCAACCAUCCAGCAAAAGUACAUAUGUGAAAAGGUUUUCGAUCUUCUAAAGGAAGCUUGGAGCAAGUUCAACCCUGACGAGCGUUAAUGUAGGUCUGCGCUAGGUGUCUUGUACUCUUGGUACCUUCACAGUAGCAACUUCUAGAGAUUGUGAAUAUAAAAUUUGCUGUCCUGACAUUUGAUACUAUUGGUAAAUUGUAACAAGUACCCAAGGCCAUAUAUUUGGAACCAAGAUUCUCAAUCUCUCUGUACAUUUGGAGUCAAGAUUCUCAAUCUCUCUGGUUUCAGUGACCACAUGCUGGGUGGUAGUUGAUGGCAAUUGUUAGAGGGAUUGCACUGUUGGAAAGACAAUGGAGUGAGGAAUAAAUGACAUACAAAUCAAGAUGCUAUUCUCUCACAUUCCACCUCCCUUUCCGGUGUAAGGAUAAAAAGCCCUUCCACCUCUCAGCCAAAAGGGUGAAAACCAUAACCGUCGAGUUAUAUAUGCUUUGAGUCAAGGGAUUGGAUCUGAAGUCUGAACACUGGAAAAAUUGAUAUGGGAAAUGAAAGAUUCUUUUGCAGAAAGUUUGCUUCUAAAGAUGCUCAUUCUUUUUCAUAAAAUCUUACGCAUGGCGUAAAAUUUCUGGUAUGUGAAGGAUAUAUGUAAUUCACUUCUAACAUUAGUGAAAAUAAGUAUUAUAUAAGACCUGGAUGUAUGCAGAAACGGCUUAUAAAAAAUCAUUCGUUUCUUGAAGACCUUGAGGUUCUGACGUACCCUUUCCUUGGAGGCAUUGGGAGCUUGCCAAAUCGGUUUUUCAUGGCGUACUUCUUUAUUGCCUACUGGGGAAUCGUGAGGAAAAAGGAGUGCCCCCACUUCUUCAGGUUUCAUGUUGUGAUCGGAAUGUUGCUUGAGGUUGCAUUUCAGGUAGUUGGUACUGUAAGCCGUUGGAUGCCCUUUGUUGUAUACUGGGGUAAGUUUAGCAUGCACUUCUGGACAGUUGUGGCAUUUGGUUACCUACCUGUUCACGGUGCUGGAGUUUAUUAGACGGGCCCUUGCUGGGAUAUAUGCUUAUGUACCUUUUGUAUGUGACACUGCUUACAUCCAAAUUCCCUAUGAUUAAUACUUGUUCAGUAGAAGAUAUAUGUCGCGCAAAUGUGGAGCAUACUUAAGCAGCUUGUGCAGAGAAAACUUUGUGAAAGGGAUGAACAUCCAUCUGUUUGAGGUGUUAUAUUUAACUUCCUGCUUUUGCGCUGUCAGAUUUGAUUUUGUAGAAUGUGGAAAGGCUGUAAUGUUCUACCCAAAAUAGGGCCAUAUUGUAAGUAAAGUUAAAAACUGUGCAUAUAUAGAUUCACUGUUGGGUUUUACGCAUUUUGCUAGUGACGAUAUAUGUGAGUUGAGCACUUUGUGCAAAUGAAAUUGUAUUAAAUGCUCCGUAUUCUGGAUGUUUCUGUAGAUGGAUGAAGCAAGAUAAAUUCAAUAUUAUGCGCAUAUAUGAAAGUACAUUAAUCAUGACAUUGAAGAGGA